GAAAAAAAAAAAAAAACAAGCGUGCGUCAGUGCGGUUUAUCCGAGACCUUAAAAGCUUCUGCAAAACACAGAGUGAGAGACAGACCUCAGCCCCAGCUGCAACCUUCUUACCUCACUUACUGUCGACUCUAGGACAUCUGCCAACAUAUUUCUGAGAAGAAUUGAGAGAAACCUCAGAGAAUAAACAUGAUAAAUAUGACCGAUACUUUGGCUGGCUUCUUGUCGACAGUCACUCCAACAGAUGAUUAUGGCAGUGGCAGUGGUUUGGGGGAUUUUGAAUUUUACAGCCCUUGUGAUAAAAGUACCGUGAGACGCUUCCGCAUGUUCUAUGAACCCCCAUUUUACCUUCUCAUCGUCCUCCUGGGCUUCAUAGGAAACGGGCUGGUGCUAUGGAUCUACACGCAAUUGAAAAACAGGCUGAAGACCAUGACAGAUGUGUACCUGCUGAACCUUGCCUUAGCUGACCUGCUCUUCUUGUGUACGCUUCCUUUAUGGGCGGCAGAUGCGAUGAAGGGCUGGUCAUUUGGCACUGCUCUGUGUAAGGGCAUAUCGGCGUUGUACAAGAUCAACUUCUUCAGCAGCAUGUUUCUCCUGACUUGCAUCAGCGUGGACAGGUACAUCUCAAUCGUGCAGACCACCAAGGCACAGAACUCCAAGGAGCUGCGUCUGGCCUGCAGUAAAGUGGUGUGCGUGUUUGUCUGGCUCGUGGCCAUCAUAUUGUCCAUUCCCGAGUUCAUUUUUGCUCAAACCAAGGUGGACUUUGAGGGCAAUCAGUUUUGCACCAUGGUCUACUGGAACAACGAAAACAACCAAACAAAGAUCCUGGUCCUGGCUCUUCAGAUCAGCAUGGGCUUCUGCAUUCCACUCCUAAUCAUGAUCUACUGCUACUCUGUCAUCAUUAGAACCUUGCUCAAGGCCAAGAACUUCGAGAAGCACAAAGCACUGCGUGUCAUCCUGGCAGUCGUGACUGUGUUUAUCAUCUCCCAGCUGCCGUAUAACAGCUUGCUGGUGGUGGAGGCAGCACAGGCAGCGAACACCACCAUCACAGACUGCGCUGAGUCCCAGAGCUUUGACAUCGCCACCCAGGUCAUGAAGAGUUUGGCGUACAUGCACAGCUGCCUCAACCCUUUCCUAUAUGCCUUCAUCGGGGUGCGUUUCCGAAAAGACCUGAAAAAGCUGUACAGAAAGUACGGAUUCACAACAUCCAAAUCCGGCAAACAUGGAGCUCCACAUCGACCUUCUGUCAUGUCUGAUACAGAAAGCACCAUGGCUUUCUCGCUGUAAACUCAGCCUUGGGACAGUCCUAGUGCACGAGAUCAGGAAUGAGUUCUCAAAAGGUUACCAGAAAGUUCAUGAAUCUGUGAUAGGGAGACAGAUUUUUUCUGGGACGUUGUGCACAACAGGUGCCUCGGAUUGAAUGCAGGAUCCUGCUAAAUGCUGAGGCCACUGAAAAGAAGCAGUGUAUGUGUAGAAGACUGUGAAUGAGGAAUAAUUACACAGAAUGUGCAGAAGAGAUAUAUAUCAUUUUCUGACAUGUGUAUUAAAGAAGGUUUGACUACCUUCAAAGCUAUGUAAAUAACAUCUAGGUGAUAUGUUUUGCUGAAUUUUAUGUCUGACUUUCACGACUCCAGGUGUCUCAACUUUCUUUCCUGUGAGAAAUUCUCUAUGCAUUUUCUUUCAUUUCUCUUUUUUUAAUCCUCACAGUAUUACCUGGAAAUCACUGUAACACAUAACUGAGCCUAUGUAUAUAUUUGAUGUGACAUUUUUGUACCAAGACUAAAUUAAAUUUUAAAAAAACUAA